AUGGAACCAAUAUGGUUGUUACUGCUGCUGGCUAUUUUCACAUUUUCAACUUCAGCACAGUUUAAUGGAUACAACUGUGAUGCCAAUCAGCACAGCAGAUUUCCUGCGGAAAGAGACAUCAGCGUCUACUGUGGCGUACAGACAAUAACAAUGAAGAUAAACUUUUGCACGGUUCUGUUUUCUGGAUAUUCAGAAACAGAUCUAUCACUGAAUGGAAAACACAGAGAUGCACAUUGCAGAGGCUUCAUAAACAACAAUACAUUUCCCGCAGUAGUUAUAUUUACCAUCAACCUUGGUACAUUGGAAUCAUGUGGAAACAAUUUAGUGGUAUCUACUGUUCCUGGAGUCAAUGCAUAUGGAAUUGCAUCAGUGGUACAAAUUGGCAACAUAUCUGGUUAUAUAGAUACACCAGACCCUCCAACAAUUAUAAGUUAUCUUCCUGGACUUCUGUAUAAAUUUAGUUGCAGUUAUCCUCUAGAAUACUUAGUAAACAACACUCAGCUUGCUUCAUCUGCAGCUGCUAUUUCUGUACGAGAAGGCAAUGGUACAUUUAUCAGCACACUGAAUUUACUCCUCUACAAUGAUUCAACCUACAGCCAGCAACUGCUAAUACCAAGUGCAGGAUUGCCACUAAAAACAAAAAUCUACGCAGCAGUAAGAGCAACCAACCUUGACGGGCGAUGGAAUGUUUUAAUGGACUACUGUUACACCACUCCUUCUGGCAAUCCAAAUGAUGAUAUCAGAUAUGAUCUCUUCCUCAGCUGUGACAAAGAUCCACAGACAACAAUAUUUGAGAACGGUAAAAGUCAGAUGGGAAGAUUUUCCUUUGAAGUGUUCCGAUUCGUCAAGCACAAGAACCAGAAAAUGUCUACAGUGUUUUUGCACUGUAUAACAAAACUGUGCCGAUCAGAUGACUGCAAUUACCUAACACCAACAUGUCACAACAGAGAUAGAAGAGAUGCUGUAAUAAGAACCACAUUAACUCCUUACAGUAUAUCUGAUAAUGCUGUCGUAUCUGCAGGACCUAUCGUUACUAGAAGUGAUGACACACCAACAAAUAAUUCACAGCUCGCUCAGCCAGGAAAUCAGCAGUUCCAGAUCAACUCUGUCACCAGCGCACUCAUCUCAGGAGUAGUAAUCCUUGGUGCAACUAGUUUUUCUUUCUUCAUAAUUGCCCUAACUCUCCUGAACAGAAAGAAGCAAAACAGUUUGGUUUUAUGUGGCAUCCGCAACCCAGUUUUCAACUAAUUGGUUUGAUUUGCACUUUUUUUUGGUUCAUUUUUUGAAAAGUUUUUUUUAAAACAUACUAACAUGGAUAAUUCAACACUGGGUUGUCAUGUUAAUUGAUCAUUUUUGGGUUCCCUGUUUUUGCAUAUGCACUGAAAUGUUUUGAUGACCAUACGUAUCUUGCAAACCGAAAUAUGGAAAUAAAAUGCUACA